AUGUCCCAGGUGCCGCGCCCUAUUGACGAAGAAGACCUGGCAGGCUAUCGUCCAGGGGGCUACCACCCCGUCCGAAUCGGCGACCAUUUCAACCAUGGCAAGUACAAAGUGCUGAACAAGCUGGAAUACGGGGGGACCGUCCUGUUCGACGGGAGCUGGACGCCUCAGGAUCCGUACACAGGCGAGGCCCAGCUGGCGCAGAUGACAUCCCUUCUGGGCGCCUUCCCCAAGUCCUUGCUAUCUCGGUCGAGGGAAUGCGAUCGGUAUUUUACGGAAAAAGAAAACAUCUACGGAGCUAAAUGUGCGCUAGGUAACCUUUUGAAGCCCUCAACAUUCGGCUCUCUAUGCCUAAACGACAUGUGCAAAAACAGGCUGAACUGCAACAUGUCAGACUCUGACCGUGCAGACUUCUUGGAUUUCAUCAUGGCGAUGAUAAGACUUGAUCCAGCCGAAAGACGGGAUGCGAAGACGUUACUGGGACACAAGUGGAUUCAAGAGUCGUGA